CGGGCUGGCCCUGGAGACCUCUGCGCGCUUCCUCUGCUCGGCAGAAGUUCGGCUCCGGGAGGCGGCAGGCGAGGGACCUCUUGGCGCUCCCGCGGAUGGCCGUCUUCUUCGGCAUGCGCGAGUGGCCUGGGCUGUGGGAGGCGAGCCUUCGCCGGCCGCUCACCGCCAUGGACGAGGCCCUCUGGGGCCGGCGCAACGCCCUCUGGCGGGCCGGGAUCCGCGAGCAGAGCCCUGGGGGCGCGUUCUGGCGGGGCGGCGUCGACGUCCAGUGCGACCUGGCCGAGCUCGGCGGCCAGUGCCCGCCGCUCGGCAUCGUCGCGGGAUGGUUCGACGUCUUCGUCCGCCAGGCCCUGGACGACUUCCAGGCGGCGCAGGCCCAGGUGCCUGGCCGCGCGCAGCUCACUGUGUGCGGCGCCGGGCACCUGGGCCUGUCCAUGCGGUACGGGCAGCUGGUGCUCCACGAGACGCUCGCGCUGUACGACGAGUGCCUCCGCGGGAUGGACCGGGCCGUGGCGAGGAGCCGCCUGGGGCUGCCCGACCGCCGGGCCGUGCGGCUGGAGCUGGUCGGGGCGCCUGCCGGGCAGAACUGGCUGGAGUGCGACGCGUGGCCGCCCGAGCCUGCCGAGACCAUGGGGUGGUUCGUCGCGGGCGGCUCGGGGCAUGGCCAGCUGGCCCUCGCCGAGCCCCCGGGCGAGGGCUCGCUGGAGUACGUGUACGACCCCGGCAGCCCCACCCCCUACGAGGGGGGCGGCUGGCUGAACUUGCGGAAGGAGGGCCAGCGCGACCAGUCCAGCCUCGAGUGCAGGGCCGACGUGCUCGUGUGCAGCUCCCCCGAGCUGGAGGAUUCGAUCGACGUCGUGGGCGAGGUGCGAGCCGAUACUCAUCUUCGUCUCGUCCUCGGCCGCGGAGUGCGAUUUCCUGGUGCGCCUGUGCGUGGUGCCAGCGGCGUCGUCGCUGCCGUGGCGGCCGCGCUGGCUCUCGAGCGGUCCGGAGGCUUCACUGUCCAUCAUGGAGGGGCUGUCCAGGGUCCGGUUUGGCGACUCGCCAGCGGUCGUCGAGGAGGUUCGCAGAGUGGAGGUGGACCUGGGGCCCAUCGCGUACCGCUUCCAGCGCGGCGAGCGUAUCCGGAUACACAUCUCGGCAUCUGCUCCGCGGCGCAUCCGCGCGCGCUGCGGCACCCGCUCUCCGCGGACGACUGGCUCGCUGGCGACGGCGCCGUCGGGCCGCCCGCCAGGCAGAGGGUGCACUUCGGCGCAGGCAGGCCUUCGGCACUGUGGCUGCCGCUGCGCGGGCCGUCCCUCGUGGUGGCGGAAGGCGCCUCGCGAUUCGACGGCCCAGCGCCGCCCGGCGAGCGGAGCGGCGUGGUGGCCCUACCAGGCGCUUCGUGGCCGUGACGAGAAGAUAUGUCCUCCUCCCCGAAGUCCUCGCGCCGUGAAAAUAAAAAAACUACCCCGAAGGGAAAGAGAACAGGUAUGCUUGCAUGGGGU